AGUAACCAACAGCAUAACUUCACGCCCACCGGUCCUCAAUUAUCAACACACCGCCGACGCCCAUUUUUCAACAAGCAGUUGCCCAUCAUGCCUGGUGUCACCGUUCGCGAUGUUGAUGCUCAAAAGUUUAUUAGCGCCUAUGCUGCCUUUUUGAAACGUCAAGGCAAGCUCCAAAUUCCCGGUAAGUCUUUUUUUUUUUGAAUAAAAUAAAAUCGCAAUUUAUUUGAUUAGCUACUGAUAGAAAGUUGUAGGCUGGGUUGAUACCGUAAAGACCGGACACAUGAAGGAGCUUCCCCCUCAAUCUAUGGAUUGGUUCUACAUCCGCGCAGCUGCCGUCGCUCGCCAUGUCUACCUCCGUAAAUCCGUCGGUGUUGGCCGUCUCCGUAAGGCUCACGGUGGACAGAAGAACCGUGGAUCCUGUCCCUCCCACCAUGUUGACGCCUCCGGCUCCGUUGACCGCAAGGUCCUCCAGGCUCUUGAGAAGAUUGGCGUUGUCGAAAUUAGCCCCAAGGGUGGACGAAGGAUCUCUCAGACUGGACAAAGAGAUUUGGAUCGUAAGUUUUAUCCUUAAAACCAGAAAAAUUACCCGUCCCCCCUCUAGCCGCUGGGAAUAUGAGCGGUGCUGGACGAGGGGUGCGCUUCGGGUGCGGUAACUGACUAAGUGUGGUGGGCAGGUAUUGCUCAGACUACUGUUGCGGAGGAUGAGGAGGAUCAGGAUGAGGACGACGACGAGUAAAUUUAGUUUUCUUAUGGAUAUCAAACAAAAGUUCUAGCAGAUUCGAAUCUUGUGAAAGGCGUCUUUGGUUGAACGUAUCCUUGCCUUUUUUACCGGAACCUUUGUUUCUGGAAAUUCAAAUGUUCCUCUUGCUCCGACCCGGUUCAAAUUAAUGUAUGAUACCGGGGGGCAUCCGGCACAACAAAAGACAUCCGCUAAAAAAAAGACAGCGGUUGAAGCUUUACUUUUC